UCCCUCCCACCCCUCCUUACCAGGCUCCUUAUUCAUACUCAUUCCUACUCCACAUGCUAACCGAUCGUCAAAUAGAAACGGUUGCAGGAUUGUGUGCUGGCUUCUCAACCACAGUCAUCACACAUCCUCUUGAUCUCAUCAAAGUAAGACUCCAACUCUCCAAACAGCCUCCCAGCUCGCAACCAUUCCUGCUUCUUCGUCAUGUUAUCUCCAAUAUUAAUGAUUCUGCCACCAUAGCACAAUCCUCACAACAUGCCACAAGACUGUCACAAAGAUUCAUGAUCCUAUUACGUCAAUAUUACCGUGGGUUGACGCCCAAUUUGAUUGGUAAUAUUUCUGCUUGGUCAUUGUAUUUCACUCUAUAUGCUGAAUUUAAAUCUAUUGUCAAGACAAAUCUGCAAACCGUCAAUUAUUUUGCCUCUUCCGCCAUGGCUGGUGCCACAACUUCCCUUAUAACCAACCCAAUCUGGGUGCUCAAGACAAGAAUCUUGGGGACUUCCAGCCAUGAGCUGAGAGCCUACCAUUCGAUCCUUGAUGGGGUUCACAAGAUAUGGAAGAAUGAAGGUAUCUCUGCCUUUUGGAAAGGGUCGAUUCCCAGCAUGUUUCUGGUGGCUCAAGCAAGUCUACAAUUUACCUUUUAUGAUCAUUUGAAGAAUUAUUUUGGGAAUAGACCCAUGAAUACUGAUGGUACUCAACUGAUACAACUCUCUACACUGCAGUAUAUAUAUGCCUCUGCCACGGCAAAGACUCUUAGUAUGGUCAUUAUGUACCCGAGUCAGAUGAUUAAGUCAAGACUUCAGACUUAUCAAUCCACACUGCCACCAACAGGACAAGCUAAGGUCAUAACUACCAAUGGCAACACCAUUACUGGUGUUUGUAAGGACAUUUGGGUCCAUGAGGGGAAGCUUCGGGGCUUUUACAAGGGUGUAGGGGCAAACAUGCUUAGAGUGGUACCUGCCACUUGUAUCACUUUUGUAGUUUAUGAAAAGGUUAGAGGACAACUUCGAGGUGAUAGAGAAAGUGAGAAUAAAUCCUAGAAUGUUAGAUCGUCGUAAGGAAUUUGAUUCUACUAAAAUGUACGAAAGAGAUAUCCAAGCGAUAUUACUAGUUAGAGGCUCAUGAACUCCCACGGCCUUCCAACAGAACGGCUUACAUACCCCGUAGGGUGGCCAUUCACUUCCUUGUGGGACGGGAAGUCGCUCCGCUGGGCUCCUGCUCGGGGAGAGCUACUGCGUGGUGCCUAACUCCUCUACGAGGAGACUCCCCAUAGCCAGGGCUUUCCUCGGUAGAGGAACGAAGCCCCCACGGCUAGUGGCCCACGGAGUGCCAGCGGAGCGGCUUACAUACCCCGUAGGGUGGCCAAUCACUUCCCCGUGGGACAGUAAGAUGCUCCGCUGGGCCCCUGCUCGGGGAGAGCCACUGCGUGGUGCCUAACUCCUCUACGAGAAGUUCCAGUCUACCACUUAUUGUUAUUAGAUGCCAACUGACGUUUGCUCAAGUACUUUCCUUUCAGCAGUCACCCUGGUAUCAACCAUAUUGUACAUAUUCCUACACUUCUCCUUCAAGGAGAAGAACAAAGAG